ACACCAAUUUCCUCCAAUCCAAUCAACCCUAAAAACCCCAUUUUUCUCUAGUGUCGGUGAUCCACUUCAUUUUCAAACACCAUAAAAAAAAUCCCAACCAAUUCACACCAUUGUUGAAUCCUUCAAAAAAAACCGCAACAAUGUCAUCAUCAACCAAGCCACCGCACUACGCCACAAGCGGUUUGGUGAUAGGUUACGCUCUCUGUUCAAGCUUGUUAGCGAUAAUCAACAAAUACGCCAUCACUCAAUUCAACUACCCUGGUCUCUUAACCGCUUUACAGUACCUCACUUCAGCUCUCGGCGUUUACCUUUUCGGAAAAUUAGGGUUUCUUCAUCACGAUCCUUUCACCAUUCCGAUCGCCAAGAAAUUCUUCCCUGCCGCACUCGUUUUCUUCCUCGCUAUCUUCACCAACACGAAUCUACUCCGUCACGCUAACGUUGAUACCUUCAUUGUUUUCAGAUCUCUUACCCCUCUUCUUGUUGCUCUCGCUGAUACCGCUUUUCGAGGUCAACCUUCGCCUUCUAACCUUACUUUUUUCUCGCUUGUUGUUAUUCUUGCUGGUGCCGUUGGUUAUGUUGCUACCGAUUCGGGUUUUACUCUUACCGCUUAUUCAUGGGCUUUUGCUUAUUUGGUUACGAUUACUACUGAGAUGGUUUAUAUCAAGCAUAUGGUUAUGAGUCUUGGGUUGAAUACUUGGGGUUUUGUUCUUUAUAACAAUGUCUUGUCUUUAAUGAUUGCUCCUUUCUUUUGGUUUCUAACUGGAGAGAAUUUUGAGGUUUCGAAUGCGAUUAAUUCGAGUACCGGGAGUUUGUUUGAGAUGAAUGCGUUUCUUGCGGUUUCUUUGUCUUGUGUGUUUGGUUUGCUUAUCAGUUUCUUUGGAUUUGCUGCGAGAAAAGCGGUUUCGGCUACUGCUUUUACGGUUACUGGGGUUGUGAAUAAGUUUCUCACGGUGGCUAUUAAUGUGACGAUUUGGGAUAAGCAUGCUAGUCCUGCUGGUCUGGUUUGUUUGCUUUUUACUAUAAUUGGGGGAGUUCUUUAUCAGCAAUCGGUUACUGGGAAUGGUUCGCAACAACGGGAUGCGGUGGUGGUGACUAAGCAGAGUGAUAUUGAAAGUAAUCUUGUUGGUGAUGGUGAUUUGGAAGAUGAGAGUGAAGUAAAGGGUAAACUUGCUUCUUUAUGAGUAUUUUGUGUUGUUAUUUGUUUUUAGUUUAGUACUUGACUUGGUGUUUAAGCUGUAAUGAACUAUGAAUGUUGUCUUUUAUUAACAACAUUCGGAAAAUUUUAUAUAGCUUGAGGUAUUAUUUUCA